AUGAGGAGGAAGUCUUAUUUGAUUGGUAUAACUGGAUGUUUAAUAUUGGGGUUGAUCUAUAUGACUUAUGGUUAUAUGGUUCAUAAGGAAUUUUCUGAUGAAAGGUAUUUCAAGAAUGAUCAGUAUAUCAGAAAGCUCAUGAAUCAUAAGAAUUAUAAAUUCAGUCAUAUGGAUGGUUUCAAGGAAACGGUUGAUUCUGAUUUCAUCUCCAAGUCCAAAUUUGAAAGAUGUGAAUCGUUUUUAAAGUACCUUGAUGCUACGGAUCCUCAGUAUAGUUUUCCGUUAUCUUUUGAUUAUAAUAAAGAUAUAGAUAAAAUGGUGAAUUUCAUGAAUAGAGAAAUCUCCAGGGAGCGUGAUAGAAGAAGAAAGAAAGGGAUAGAGGGGGAUUUAUCUUCAUCAGAGAAAAAAUCUAUCAAGGAGAAGUUCUUUCAAGAGAUAGAUAACACUCUAAAAAUAGAUCAAAAAAUGAUAGAUAACAUUAGUUUGUUAAGAAUUUAUAACCAAUGCUUCUUGAGAGAUUCAAAAUCAAUUGAAGAAUACCCUUUGAAUCAUACUUUAUGGAACGACUGGACUCACAAACUUUAUCAUUACUUGGGAUUUGAAUUACCUGUUUUCGAUGUUUAUGAUCCAAAUUUAGAUAUGCAUCAAGUUCCUGUAAGGUUCAAUAACGGAUUACCUGAUUAUUCCACAGGAAGAUUCAACGGUGAAGUCAAAGGUCCUGAAUUGGAUCAAUCCGGUAAGAAGACUGAGAAUCUUAUAGAAUUUUAUCAUAAAUCUAUAAAUGGUAAAGGGAUAGUUAUAACUACUACUUCAAGACAUGCUAGAGACAUAGCUAAGUUACUCAGAGUCCUUAGAGCAUUGAAUAAUGAAUUACCUGUUCAAGUGGUGUACCGUGGCCAUUUGAGUGAUAGAUCUCGUAAUAUCAUCUUGAAUGCUGCCCUUGAAGAUUUCUCCAAUUUGGUUAAUUCUUCAAAUUUCGAAAAAGUUUUACCGGAAGUGAAUAUCAUGGACCCCUCAAAAUUUGGAGUUCUUUACCCUACCCAGAAAAUAAGUUUCGUCAGUGUCAAACCCAUAAUCCGAGAUAAUAGGAUGUUCCAGAAUUAUAAUAAUAAAUUGAUUAGUUUGAUCUUCUCAUCAUUUGAAGAAAUUAUUUUAAUGGACGCUGAUACAGUUCCAUUGGUAAAUCCUCAGAAAUUCUUUGAUAGUGAGGAAUAUUCUGCUACAUCGUCAUUCUUUUUCAAAGAUAGAAGUCUUCGUGAUAGGAAUGAUUAUUUAGAAACCAAUUUCUUCAAAAAAAUGAUGCCUUUCAAAGAUAGAGUUGAUUCUAUCGACAGAUUACUAGGUUUACCGGAAAUGGAAUCCAAUUGUUUAGAGAAAAACAAUUAUAUGCAUGGAUGGAGACAUUUCCAAGAAGCUGGAGUGGUAGCCUUAAAUAAACGUCAACAUUUUGGUGGGUUAAUGAUGAUGUUACCCUUAGCUAUCUGGAGAGAACCCAUCAAAACUUCAGUUUGGGGUGAUAAAGAAUUUUAUUGGCUUGGAUUAUUAAUGAAUGGUGAUGACCAAAUUUCCUUCAACAAAUAUGAAGUUGCCUCUAUUGGACAAGUUACUCCUGAUAAGCUUAAGGUGUACAAUAGUAACGCUAACGAAGUUUGUUCAACGCAUCCUGGUCAUGUGGAUCGUCAUGGUCAAUUAUUAUGGAUUAAUUCAGGUUUCCAUUUCUGUAAGAAGAACAACCAUUAUCGUGAUAGAGAAAAGUAUCCUUUCAGUAAAAUCGAAGGUAACGAAUUAUAUGAGUUGUAUGAGAAUCCUUUAAAAAUCACCCAUGCGUUAGUGCCCCCAUCAUUGCCUGAUUUAAGACAACAUGAUAAUGAUGAUUGGGAUAUCACACCAGAAAUUGAUUUCAUUCAAUCAUGGCAAGAUAGGAAACCGGACAGUGACGAAAUUAAAGAUUUCGGAUCAUUGAAAGAAUUUACUGCCAAAUUGGAAUACUUGCCCCAAAAAGGUUGGGUUAAGAAUGGGAUCUGUUCAGGGUACUAUUACUGUGCCUAUGAUGAGAUUGAAAGUUAUGGAAAAGGAGAAUCAAAGGGCCAUCUCUUUUCAUUCGAUGAAGAUACAAUAGCUAAAUAUGAUUAUCUAGGUAAAUUAUGGUCAACGGCCAAUCCUAGAGUGUAA